UCGCUGGCCCCUCCCUUUGCGGCGCGCGGGUGGGGGAGGCCUGGCUGCUUUGCCCAGGCUGGCGGCCCUGAGCCGGAGCGGCCGCACCGAGGGGGGAGGCGUCGAUGGCCGGGACGCUUAUCCGGCCAAAGGAGCGGCGCGCCUCCCGGGCACCAGAGAUCGGCCGCGGAGGCUGGGCUGCGGCCCCUCAGCCCAAAUCGGGGGGCUCGGCGGGGCGGGCCCGGUUGUCCUUGCGGGGAAACCGCGACGGAGCCCAGGCUGGGAAGUGGCGGGAGGAGCGAAGGAGGCUCGGGGAGCCCCGCGGCGGCCCCGAAGGAAGGCGCGCGAGGCUGCUUCCCCGUCCCCAAACUGCGGGCUGGGCGAACUUGUGAAUGGCUGGAGAGCAGAGCUUCUGUCCACGCGCAGAGUUCUUUCUCCCUGACUGCUCAAAAAAGGCGGGUGGCCGCCCGUUAGACAAGAUCUCUGUUAGGCCUAGUUGCUCUUAGUGGGGAACACAACCGUAUUUAUUUAUAUUUUAUUUAUUUUUCAAAUUUAGGUGGUGCCCAUCUCACUUUGCUUGACCCGGGGGUUGCCCCUGGAAAAUGGUCGGGGGUGUGCCCAGGAGCCUUAAGGACUGGUUUUGCGGGUCUGGUAAAAGGUGAUAAGAAUUAUUGAGCUUUACAGCAUUGCCACCAGAUAUGAAAGAAUUAUUCUGGUCCGAUUCUUCCAAAGAGUUUGCCACUAUGGAGCCUGUAAGUAUUGACAACCUGUCAAUUUUGUAUCAAAGUGAGGACUUCAUCGUGGUCAACAAGCACUGGGAUGUCCGCAUUGACAGCAAGAUGUGGUAUGAAAAGCUGACACUGCAGAGUCAGCUGAAAUACCGAUUUCCAGAACUUGCUGAUCCAGGCACUUACUAUGGCUUCCGGUUUUGCCACCAGCUGGAUUUCUCCACCAGUGGAGCACUUUGUGUGGCACUGAACAGAGAGGCAGCUGGCAGUGUAUACAAGUGUUUCAAAAACCGGACAGUCACCAAAGCCUACCUUGCAUUGGUGAGAGGUCACAUCCAGGAGGCAAAGAGGACGAUCUGCUUCGCUAUAGGGAAGAACACGACUGAAGGGCUGACUCACAUGAUGUGUGUCGAAGGGACCGAUGGUUGCAAAAGCCCAAAACCUUGUCAGUCAGAACUCGUAGUCCUAGAACAUGGGUUGUACAGUGGAGAGCCAGCAACAAAAGUGCUUUUACAGCCUCUCACAGGAAGAACCCAUCAGCUCCGAGUCCAUUGCAAUGCCAUCGGGCACCCAAUUGUGGGGGACUUUACCUAUAGCUUUAAGAAGGACAGUGCUCCAUAUCGGAUGAUGCUGCAUGCACAUUAUUUGUGCAUUCCAACCAGCAAGGAGCUUAUCGAAGUGAGCGCUCCAGAUCCCUUUGUUCCUUCCUUUGACAGGAGUUGGGUCCCUCAGCGUCUUACACACCACUUGGAUGAGGUAAUCCAGGAAUUGAAAGACAAGAGCAUCUGGGCAGGGGAGGAAGAAAAGCAGGAAGAUCCAUCUGCUGUCCCAAAUUGUGAGGUCAUACUUGUAACAAAGACCCAAGAGAUGGAGGAACAGCAAACCCACUGCAAGCAGUGGUUGUCUGAAUGGGUGCUGGAAUGAAAUGGCUACAUCUUUGUGAUUGAAAUUGAAGCCAUCUCUCUUUACACUGUGGCUGGUGAACAGCCUUGAUCCCAGGACUAAAUAGGGACACAUUUCUGCUUUAGUCGCAAAAUUCCCAAGGAAUGAGGAACACUGCACUCCUAGAUUGUAUUUCUAAAAGUCAUGUGCCUGCAUUGCAAUAUUUUAGUUCUCUUGGCUCAGCAGUCAGGAGAGAGGACAGGCAGGCAGGAUUGGUGAUUUUACUGGGUGUACAAAGGGGUUAAAUUGAUAUAUGGGUAAUCCUUGAUUUAUGACCAUAAUUGAGUAUAAAAUUUCUGUUACUAAGCAAGGCAGUUGUUACGUGAGUUUUGCCUCAUGUUAUGACCUUUCCUGACUCAGUUGUUAAAUGAAUCAGUGCAGUUGUUAAGUUAGUAACAGUUGUUUUGUAAAGCUGGCUUUGUAAGGACCUGCCCCACUGGUCCUCUCAGGAAAACACAACACUUGACUCUAUUAAGGUUAAUCAAAAGAACUUUUAUUGAGAGAACGUAGAUGCAGUAAAUUCAGGCAGAAUCUAAUAGUCCCACCCAACGCACAAAGCAAUUCUUUUGUUUUUUCAGACCCAACUUCCUGACCAGUUCACUGGCAGCCAAUGUGACUCCGCAAGGUUGUUUUCAGAAUGCUGAAGUGCAAAACAGAUAACAGGUCAUCCUCAGGGCACAUCGGCCUUGGAACCAGGCUGUUACCAGCUUGGAAGGAGUCUGCUCCGUGUCCAAAGACAAUCCCCCUCCCUAAUUCCCAAGCGGUUACAACAAAAGCAGAAGCAUGUGAAGAAUGCCAGCAGAGCCUCCCCUCCCCUCCAACACAAUGGCAGGACACCAGCACGGUGGACCUGACAGGCUUUCCCAUUCUGACUUUGCUUGUCAGAAGGUCAUUACAUGGCCCUGGGACACUGCAACCAUCAUAAAUACAUGCCAGUUGCCAAGCGCCUAAAUUUUGAUCAUGUGAUUGUGGGGAAUGUGGGAAUGAUUUCAAAAAAAAAAAAAAUGACAGAAAAAUGGGGGUCUGAUGGCUUGGUUAGGUUAACCUUGGAGGACGUGUGGAUACAAUUUACUGAAUGUUUUAUUGCUGUGUGGGAGAUACUGGUGUUGAUGGAGGGCUAAAAAAACUCAGGAUGACUUUAUGGAAUAGAAUAGAAUUCUUAUUGGCCAAGUGUGAUUGGACACACAAGGAAUUUGUCUCCAGUGGAGAAGCUCUUAGAAUACAUACAUACAACAACAAAGUGAUAGGUCAUAAAUCACAGUUACAAUGAUUAAUCAUAAGAUAAAAACAAGUGAUAAAUCAUAAGAUACCAAUAGGAGAAGAUAGUAGGAAAGAUGAGAAAAGAUGAGACAUGAGAAGAUUAGAAAGAUGAUAAUAGCAAUACAGCCUACCUGUGGGAAUUUAGUGUUCAGCAGAGUGAUGGCAUGGGGAAAAAACUGUCUUUGAGUUUAGUUUAUUUGGCAUGAAAUGCCCUAUAGCGGCAUCCAGAGGGGAGGAGUUGAACCAGUUUAUGUCCAGGAUGUGAGGAGUCUGUAGAUACUUCCACAGUCCUCUUUCUGGCUGGUGCAGGACACAGGUCCUCAAUGGAAGGCUGGUUGCGAUUGUUUUUUCUGCAGGCCUAACUAUCCGUUGAAGUCGGUAGCUGUCCUGUUUGGUUGCUGUGCCAAGCCAGACAGUUAUAGAGGUACAAAUGACAGACUCAAUAAUUCCUCUGUAGAACUUAUAUCAGCAGAUCUUUAUAAUUGAAACCCUGCCCCCUUUUUAUGCGUGUCAUAUCUACGGAGUAAAAAAAGGGGGUGAGGCUUUGUAUGAUUGCAGUUGCCAAAUUCUAAAGGAUAUUUUGACAGCCUUUUGAUAAUUCUAUGUGCCAAGCUGCCUGGCUGGCUUCCGCUUUUUUGUGGCAUCAAAGCACACCUUUGACUAAUUAUUUGCUUGCCAAUGAUCAAACUCACGGUUUUAACUUGCAGAGAUGUUUGAGAGAAAACUAGCCUUUAUUCAACAGUACAGUAAGAUCUGUUCCAGAACAUUAUAGUAAAUAAUAUAUUUUUAGGAUGUCUGAAUUAUUUUCACCACAAUAUUUUUGUUUUAAAAAUAAUGCUUGUGGUGCAUUUUCUAAAUGCAUAAAAUAUUCAAAUGGCUUUAAGUUAAUUGCAUACCAAACAGAUGAUAUUCCCCCAUCUUCCCUUUUGUUAGGUGUAGCUUAUGAGUUUUUGAUUCUGAUUGUUGCUGAAGUCUGAUGGAGAAAUGACAAGGCAAAUGCUUUUAUUUUUGACUUAUAAAUGAUGGGGCUGCAUUCCAGUUUCUCUUAAGUAAAGGACAAAAGGUUUUGAAAAUGUGUCUUUUGGUAGAUUCCAGAGAUUGUAUGAAAGGCGUCCACAUAGAAUGCAGGUUUUAUCUCCUUGGUUCUAUACUUUCUUGCCCAUGUCAUACCUAUGAUCUUGUGAAACUGCUUAAAUGUUUGCCAAUAUUUUAAAACUCUAGUAACCAAUUGUAAUGUAUGUUAUUUAUAUUCACAAUUUAAGUAGAAUUUUGUACAAAUCACACCAGGUAUAGAUUAUUCUGUGCAUAACUCCUCCCCUUAGCUUUCCAAUAUUCUAAUUUCAGUCUUUGAAAUUGGUGCAUUAAACAGCUCUUUUCACUAGAGAAUGCUCACUCUGCAAAUGGUCUUAUUUGUGGCUGCAGUCCUUAAAUGUACAAGGUUAGCAGUAAACCAUCGUUAAAUUGUAUGUAUGUAUGCAUGUAUGUAUGUAUCUAUGUAUGUACGUAUGUAUGUUGAGAAAAGUAGUUAAUAAACUAACAACUGUUUGAUAAA